CAUUUGGAUGCGAUCCGCCAACCAAAUUCCAAAGGCUAAACGGAAGUAAAUAUGGCCAAGAAAAAUUUUCACUUUUGCGUUUGUCAUUUAGACAUUUUAAUAACCAUAGAAUUCAAAAUAUGACGAAUUUAACUGCACAGCACUAAAUACUUACCCCAGAUAAUAUUUAAUUCGCGUUGGAGACAGGAUUUGGAUAGAUGUUAACGUUGUCUAGUAAGUAACGCUAGCUUCUAACAAUGGCAACGGGUUUUCACACUCAAAUAGCCUCCGUCAUGGAGGUGCUAGCAAAUACAGCCGUGGCAGAGAUCUGUAAACUCGUAGACGACGACUAUGCAGUGUUUCGUUUGGAAAUAACUCAAAGCCAGAAAGAAAACAGGGCAUGGCAGAGGAAACUUCAGCUACUCGAACUGAAGGUGGCACGGGAGCGCGCAGAGAGGACAAUGCGAGAGCGCGUUCUCGCCAGUCGUCCCAGUAGUGUCAAGACCCUCGACCAAUACAGAGGAAUGGCAAGAGGUGAAGGACAUCUCACUGGAGGCCACAGGAGCUUUGUGAAGCCAGCGGGACACAAUACAUGGAGAGAUGACCAACCAAUCACUGUUGAUGAGGGGAGCGGAACCUCAACCCAGCACGUUAUCGUGAUAGAGUCUGAAGAUGCAAGUCCUGGGGUCAAGCUGGAGAGGUCUGAUGGAGAGGAGGACCCACUGCACAGCAGAGACACCCAGACUGGAGUGGCUGGAGUAGCCCCCCCUGUAGCCACGGAGGACACCAUCACUGCCCCAGAGCUGCCCAGGCCCCGACAUAGCAUCACGGAGGUCAGUGGAACGCUGAACGCCGUCCUCAAGUCAGAGACCGAUACAGAGACUUUAAUGGGGCGACUGGGCUGUCCACCUGCUCCCCGCUCAGAGUAUUUACUUUAUGGUAACCCCAGCUCGAGGAUGGAUCUGUCCCAUCAGGACUCAGGUGACACGUUUCAGACUGGCAAUGAUCCGUCCUGUUCAUACGCUACAGAGAUGAUACCUGGUGACAUGCCUGUGGGCUUAGAUACACAGACUAAUCCAAUGAGAGGAGACUGGAACCAGUACAGUAGCAGUGUAUACUCUGAAGGGUGCCUAGAUAAGAAAGGAGAGGGUCUGGUCGUAGAUGAGAUGACUUUGAAAGUGGAGAGUGACGCUCCUCUGACAUGGAAUGAAGACCAGACUCAUUUAGGAGAAGGACAGUCGCAGGGCAACACUAGUGACUUCUUAGACUACAGGGAAAGCUUAGAGACAAAUCUUAAUGUCGCGACCCACUCACCUUUACACGCACUCAGGGAUCACGACCCAGUGUCCACAUCGAUGGUACCAUCUGAUUCACAUGGCAGCGUCCUUUUCGAUCAGGUAUUGAACUCAAAGGUCCAAAGGGCCAAGGCUCAGGGAGGGGGAGCAACAACAGACGGUAAAGAGAAACGGUUCCUCUGCAUGUUCUGUAACAAAGGCUUUAGCUGCCCCCAGAAGGUGGAGAUCCACCAGAGGGUCCACACAGGGGUGAAACCCUUCAAUUGUACGCAGUGUCACAUGCGCUUUGCCCAGGCCUGCAACCUGAAGAGGCACCAGAGGGUCCACACAGGGGAGAAACCCUACAGCUGCCCCCAGUGUGAGAAGAGGUUCUCCCACCAGCACCAUCUGAAGAUGCAUCUGAAUGUUCACACGGGAGAGAGGCCAUUUGCCUGUACACACUGCGGGAAGAGGUUCUCAGAGAGGAGCUACCUCAGGAUACACCAGCAGAAAAACCAUUCCACUCUAUAACAUAGAAAGUAACCAUUCCACUCAAUAGCUUCUGACAUUUAGAUCAAACCCUGCAUUAAAUACAAAGAUGAAUUCUCAGUGUUGUCAGCAGAAAAGAUCCACAGAUGCCUUUGGAAUAACAAGAGUAACAGAUUUCAGUGUUGAAUAUUCCUGGGUAGAUAUUGCAUCCAGAUAUUGUGUGAUAUAUAAGCCUAAAAGGUCUGUUACAUAUUGUGUUUGUAUUGUGUAGGUUAAAUUAUGUUCACCAAUGUCUAUUUCUUUGCUUCCAUUCAACUACUUACACUGAACAAAAAUAUGAAGGCAACAAUUUCAAAGAUUUUACUGAGUUACAGGUCAUAUACCAAAAUAUGUCAAUUUUUUAAUAAAUAAAUACAUUUGGCCCUAUGGAUUUCACAUGACUGGGCAGGGGUGCAGCCAUGGAUGGGCCUGAGAGGGCAUAGGCCCACCCACUGGUGAGCCAGGCCCAGGUAGAAUCAGAAUGAGAUUUUCCUCCACAAAAGGGCUUUAUUGCAGACAGAAACACUCAUCAGUUUCAUCAGCUUUCCAGUUGGCUGUUCUCAGACUAUCCUUCAUGUGAAGAAGCCAGAUGCGGAGGUCCUGGGCUGGCAAUGUUUAAAUGUGGUUUGUGGUUGUGAGGCCAGUUGGACAUACUGCUAAAUUCUCUAAAACAAUGUUGGAGGUGGCUUAUGGUAGAGAAAUGAACAUUAAAUUAUCUGGCAACAGCUCUGGUGAACAUUUCUGCAGUCAGCAUGCCAAUCGCACUCUCCCUGAAAAAUGUAGACAUCUGUGGCGGUGUGACAAAACAGUACAUUUUAGAGUGGCCUUUUAGUGUACCCAACACAAGGUGCACCUUUGUAAUGAUCAUUCUGUUUAAUCAGAUUCUUAAUAUGCCACACCUGUCCGGUGGAUGGAUUAUCUUGGCAAAGGAGAAAUGCUCACUAACAGGGAUGUAAACAAAUUUGCACAACAUUGGACAAAUAAGCUUUUGGUGCGUAUGGACAAUUUCUGGGAUCUUUUAUUUCAGCUUAUGAAACAUGGGACCAACACAUUGCAAUUUUCAUAUGGUGUAUUUAAAAUGUUUUUUUAAUAAACACAAAAUGGGACUUGUAAGACUUUGAAUGAGGCUCUCUUUAGCAGUGGUGGUACCCAAGGUCAUACUGUAGUAAAAGUAAAGAUACCUUAAUAGAAAAUUAAUCAAGUGAAAGUCGCCCACUAAAAUACUACUUGAGUAAAAGUCUAAAAGUAUUUGGUUUUAAAUAUACUUUAAGUAUCUUACAAUCAAAGCAUGUGUUUUGUGAGUCCACCAGGUAUGUUUUCUUGUUAAGUGUGUGAAUUAGGCAAUU